AUGAACGAAGAACAAAAUAAAACAUUAGAAGAAUUAAGAAAAUUCAGAUUUAACUGGAAACCAAUUUCAAGACCACCUAAAAAUAGGAAAGCAAAAAGAUACCCACGAAAUAAAGACAUUCUGAAAUCAAGAGAGCUCAUACAAAUAACUGACGAUAUCUGGAAUACAGUUAACGACCUCAUUGAUCGAAUAAACCCUACAAAUAAUUCAAGACUAGGAGCAAUCCUAUUGACACUUGAAGGAGCUAAAAGUAUAGCAAGAGAAUUCUAUCCACAUACACUGGAAUACGAUAAACAAAGACCGGAUAGAAUACCACCCCAUAUUUUAACAAGAACAGCAACCUUAUUUCCGAAUCUAACAGGAAGAGAACUUGUUAAGGAACAAAAGAAACAAAGAAACAUUUACAACAAUUUCUUAGAUAACACACAAGCACAGAUCGAAGGAAUAAAGAAAAGAUUACUAGCAGAGUCACCAGAAUUUUGCAAAAUAUUUGAAGAAAACCCUGAAACAGAAGAAACAGAAUUCUAUUACGGAGACAAUAAUAACCAGUUCACAAUAUUACCGUUCAGGUUUCAUCAUCUAAUAUUACACCAUCUAGAAGCAAUUGACAAUAUAUUGUAUUCUGAAGGAGCAAGAAAUAAGAUAUAUUUUGAAGAAGAAGAAAGUUACAUAUCAGCAUAUACGGAAAUAAAUAAACUUAGUCAAGAAUUUCUAGACCAAGCAAAGAAAGUCAAAGAAUUAAAAAAGGAAAAAAGAAAGGCUUGA